UCCAGAUCCGAUGAGUGACGUCGCAUUAGGAACCGAGAAACAGCCGAGCAUGGUGGCUGGGGAAACCAGCAGCACGGUCGCCGGUGGAGGGAUGGACGCAGAUGGUGGCAGGGCUGUCGUACGUAUCAUUCAGCAGGAGCAGAACACGGGCGCAGAAGAUGGCCUAGAGAAAAUUCCACUCGAGAGGGUGAUAGUUGAUAAUGAAGUUGCUGAUGCUCCCAUUCCUAGUUGCUUUUAUCAACCAUCAGCAGUAGUGCCCAAAUUAGGGCAAUUAUUCAAGGAAGACACAGAUGGGUUUGCAUUUUAUAAUCUUUAUGCUCGAUUCCAUGGUUUCGGUAUUAGGCGUCACAAGAAAAGAGAUAGGAAUGGAGGUGUGAAAAGCAUGCAAGAGUUCUGCUGUGUACGCCAGGGGAUAGACAAAAGUAUGAAAGGUGCAUCAACUAGGAUUGGUUGCAAAGCUAUGAUUAGGCUUAACCGUUUUUCAGAGAGGCAACAAUGGAUGGUGACAAAAUUUGUCAGUGUUCAUAACCACGAACUUAAAAAAAGUAAGCAUUACAACUAUAUUGAUGAUGGCCACGAAGAGUAUCGUGCAAGGUUUGGUAGACAAUGGGAUGCUCCCGACGGGCAUGUACGGAUUGCUUUCAGGAAUGCAUGGAGGCCCUGGUUUGGCGCCUUUUACAAGAAGGGCGGUGAACAGAUUGGCCUAUUCUAUUCGGAGAGAUGAGUGUGCGGAUGAUAUUGAGAAAACCUUGGAGUACUUUCAAGAGCUGCAGAGUCGGAGCAAGAACUUGUAUUACACCAUGCAGACAGAUGGGGCUGGUAGGAUUAAAAAUCUAUUUUGGUCGCAUGCACUGUCGAGACUUAGUUUUGAGCACUUUGGUGAUGUUGUUACGUUUGAUACAACAUAUCAGACAAAUAUGUAUAACAUGCCUCUUGGUGUUUUUGUUGGGGUGAAUAAUCAUUGCCAAACUGUAGUAUUUGGUUGUGCAAUGAUGAGAGAGGAAACAGUGGAAUCUUUCAAAUGGUUGUUCCGCGCUUUUAGUAAGGCGAUGCAUGGGAAGAAACCAGCGGCAAUUCUCACAGAUAACUGCUAUCAGAUGGAAGCGGCGAUCAAAGCUGUGUGGCCUGGUGCGUAUCACAGAGUUUGCAAGUGGCAUAUUUUGAAGAACGCUAAAGAGAACCUUGGAAACAUAUAUAGCAAGAGGAGCACAUUCAAGGAUGAGUUUCAUAGAGUUCUGAAUGAACCGCAGACAAUAGACGAGUUUGAAAAAGGAUGGACUGAUUUAAUCAAGAGGUAUAAUCUAGAGGACAGUGUGUACUUGAAACGGAUGUGGGAUAUUAAGGAGAAGUGGGCUCCUGUUUACUUCAAGUCUUAUUUUUUUGCUAAAAUGUCGACCACUCAGAGAAGUGAGAGCAUGAAUCAUGUUCUGAAAAAGUAUGUGAGGCCAUCUUCCCCAAUGAAUGUGCUUGUUAGAAAGUAUGAAAGUUUCUUUUAUGAUAGAAUUCAGGAGGAAGACGCGGAGGAGUUUCACACAUCUGAUGACAAGGUGAUUACAGCAACGAAGUCGCCUUUGGAAAAACAUGCUGCAUGUGUUUACACAAGAGGCGCUUACAAAAAGUUCAAGGAACAAUUUGUGUGGAGUGUCUCGUAUGAUAUAAGACCAUCGAUGGAUGAACAUCAUUUUAUGGUGAUACAUAUGGGCGAAGAAAAGGAUAGCUGGGGCAGGAGAGAGUAUGAUGUGUAUGCAAAUAUCGGUGAGCGAGAAUUUUCUUGUGUCUGCAAACUGCUUGAGCACUUGGGAAUACUAUGCCGGCACAUAUUGAAGGUUAUGGUGCAGUUCGGGUUCAGGGAGAUACCAGAAUAGUGUUCGGUUUAUGUAGUAUGUAUGUAGUAUGUAUGUUCGGUUUAUUCAGCUUGUGUAGCUUCAGACUAUAUAAUCCCUGAAAACCCAUCUCUUCUACAAGCCUUCUCUGCUGCUCACCUAGGUCUUCCAAGAGAUCUACAAUGAUAGAAGGAGCACACCUGGUGUACAACUUGUCCUUCCAUGGUUUCUUCUUGACGGAGCUCCGUUUCUUUGAGCGAGAGCCACCGGAAGCUUUCUUGGCAGACCCCUGUUCUUGCCUAUUAGUACGUACUUUCGAAAGAGCUCGACUAAAUGCAGAUUUGGA